AUGAAAAAAGAAAAGAAACAAGAUAGUUGUGUAUUUUCAAAACACAUUCAAUCGAUCAUCAUUCAAAAUAUCAUUGAUUGUAUUGGUAACCCUUCACCAACCAAAGACAAACAUCAUCGACACAUAACUACCAUUAAACACAUCAACAUUGGUCGUGACUAUGUGGAAUUAUAUCAUCUCAUUGUCUGUCUCACCAAACCCUUUAAAUUAGAAUCACUUAGAUCUUUUAUAAUAUUAUGUAAUAUUAAAAGAGAACUUGGAAAUGACAAUUGUCGAGAGAGAUGUGACUAUGGUAUUGAUGGAAAUGAUUUAGAAGAUUGGAUGAAUUUUAGACUAGAAUUAAUGGAUCAACAUCCAAAAAAAGAAGAUCGUUGGUGGGAAUUAAAAACAUUGAAUAGAUUAUCAUCAUCAUUUAUUCCAAUUUGGGAUAAAAACAACAAGAUUGAAUUGGUUGGAUUGACAUCACUACCACAAAUCAUAUCACCUCUAUUUUUUACAACACUUGUUAAUAAUCAAACCAUCACUACUUUAAUGUUGACCAAUGGUACAUUACGUCAAGAAUAUAUUCCAUCAUUUUCACAAUUAAUAUUGUCAAAUUGUACAAUUAAAAGGGUUGGUAUCAAAAAUAAUCAUUUGGAAUCGAUUCAAGAUUUGGAAAUGGCAUUUAAACAAAACAAAUCAAUUAAAGUAUUGGAUGUUUCUAGAAACCAUUUUGGAAAUUAUUUCUUUGCUUCAUUGUUGGAAAGUGACACUAUUCAAUAUUUGGUGAUUGAUGAAACAAUGAACAAAUUAAAUAAUAGAUAUUUUAAACAAUCAAAAUCAUUAAUUCAAUUUUAUAUCGAUUCUGACCCUACACAUUUGAAUUUAUUCUUUCCAUCACUUUUUAAACCCAAAGAUCUAUAUUAUACUCCUUCUCUUUUAGAAUAA